AAAUAUCGUAUGAUCAAGGACAUUAUUCUGUUUAAAGACACAAAUUGGUAUUUAAAUAACCUUAAAGAUAAUUCUUGUUCAGAAGAUAGGGACUGACGAUAAAUAUAUUUGAUAAAAAUGCAGGGAGGAUAUGAGCAUUAAAGAUUUUGAAUUAGACAAUGCGAAAACACCUUUAUUUCUAAGAAAUAAGCGCACCCGGAAAUACGUUGAUAACGGAAGUGUAGAAAUGGGAGAUUUAUCAAAUAAUGAUGAUAUAAAAACGAUUGGUAAGCUUGGCAAGAGAUUAAUUCGCCGAAAGAAGUUAAUCCAAUGGCGCCGAUGGAUCAUAGACCUACAAUUUGCCUUAGCUCUGUUUGGCAUUCUAUUGAUGAUAAUAGAAACGGAAUUAUAUAUCGCCGAUCAUAUAAGUAAAGCUGGUGUUGCCUCAUUCUACAUUAAACUUAUCAUUUCUAUAAGUACUGCUUGCCUUCUUAUUGCCGUAUGGAUUGGUUAUUAUCUCGGAGCACAGAUAAGAUCAGUAGAUGCAGGAGUGAAAAACUGGUUGUCAGUUAUGACUACCUAUACAUGGUGUGCUCUGGCUUUUGAACUGUUUUUAUGUGGAAUACAUCCAUUUCCUGGAGACAUAAAAUCAAACUACAAAUCACCUUACGGUAUAAAGAAAAAAGUAAGUAUUGAUGCAGUUGCUUCCAUUCUUAUGUUAACAAGACUUUAUUUGGUCGCUAAAUUCGCUGUUGUGCACAGCAUGCUUUUGACAGACACAUCCACUACCAGCAUCGGAGCAUUAAGCCGGGUAAAGAUUAAUACAAUGUUUGUUUUUAAAGCUGCUAUGUCCAAAAAACCUGGAAUACUCCUUAUGUUGGUGAUGGUCUGUACCUUUUUGUGUAACAGUUGGGCAAUGAGAACCUGUGAACUAUAUUAUGAAAAAAAUAGUGACAAAAAUAGUUAUCUAGAGAUCAUGUGGCUGGUGGCAAUAACAUUCCUAACGAUAGGGUAUGGUGACAGGACUCCUCAGAGUUAUUGUGGGAGAUACAUUUCCAUAGUAACAGGAAUCAUGGGCGUUAUCACAACUGCUUUACUUGUUGCUAUCAUUACACGAAAAUUGGAACAAACAAGAGCAGAAAGGUAUGUUUUUAAUUUCGUCAAUAGACUGCAAAACGAAAAUAAAAAGAAAACUGCAGCGGCCAAUGCAAUAAAAGCACUUUUAAGAAUAUCUAUUUUGAAAAAAUACGGAAAAGAUUAUAUCAAAGAAAUUCGAAAUUACGAAGACAAGCUUAAACAGUGUUUAAAAGAAAUGAGGACAGCUAUGGGGGAUAAAUAUCAUAUUGGGGACGAGGCUGUAGGAAUGGUGGAUAUUGCACACGAGGUUAGCAAAAUAGAGGAUAUCAUAAUACGCAAUGCCAGUAAAACCGAUGGAGUACACAACAGAGUUGCUUUCCUUGAGCUACGUUUAGAUUCUAUAGAUAAAAAACUUGAUGUCAUAUCAAAAAUACUUGUGAAAUGAAACAAUUGAAGUGAGAUGCAAAUUGUGAGUUAGAUAAUUAUUGUUGUUAUAGUGACAAAAGCAGAUCUAAUAGUGGAAACGUUGGAAAGUCAAUUUGUACUCAUACAUACAGUAGCAUUCAAAUGUAAAAAUUAAUAAUAUCACUUGACCAAUAGUUUUCAUUACUAUUAAAAGGGAACUACACAAAGAGAAAUGAUUCCAGAAAUUUACACAGAUGGCAGAAAUAGUUCCGAAGAUGUACAGAAAUGGCAGAAUAGUUAUACAGAUUGCAGGAAUUAAAUCUAAAGUUUUCAGUUCUUAUGUUGCCAAUUAUCAAAAAAAAAUAAUAAUAACAGAAAUUUCAAUCGUUCACAUAUACUGCUUGAGAAGACAACGAAUAAUACAUGUAUUGCCCCAAAAAACAGAAAUGGGGUUAAUAGCGAUUUGAUCUUGAAAUAAAGUCAUCCAUUGUCCACAUCAUAUAUUACAGCUUGAUUAAAAUGGUUUCAUAUUCUUGCUAAAAAUUACAUUCAUUACUAUCCAUUUGAUACCUGUUAUUACAUAUGAUUUUGAGGUUGAAUAUAUAUACUAACACGUGACAAGCUAGUACACGCGUACGAGAUCAAAGUAUAGUCUGUGAAUAUUGUUUUCAUGAAAAUAAACGUCAUAACACGUUC